GUGUGUGUGUGUGUGUGUCUCUCACCACCACUAACACCACAGACCCGCUGUUCCAGUGAUUGAAUUCCUCUGAAAACACACAUACACACACACACACACACUAACACACACACACACACUCUUCUGGUAACACACACACACUCUUCUGGUAACACACACACACACACACUUCUGGUAACACACACACACACACACUCUCUUCUGGUAACACACACACACACACACACUCUCUUCUGGUAACACACACACACACACACUCUCUUCUGGUAACACACACACACACACUCUCUUCUGGUAACUGUUCUGCGGGUAUUUCCUAUUUGCUCGUUCAGUUUAAUUUACUGUAAAAUAAACGACCUUCAGCUCUGAAGUUUAGUGUCACGUCCUCCUGAGUGAGAGCCGGGGGCCGCGUGCUCGUCUUCCUCAGUGGAGGUGGUCUCGUCUUCAUCAGUGGCCGUGUGCUCGUCUUCCUCAGUGGAGGUGGUCUCGUCUUCAUCAGUGGCCGCGUGCUCGUCUUCCUCAGUGGAGGUGGUCUCGUCUUCAUCAGUGGCCGUGUGCUCGUCUUCCUCAGUGGAGGUGGUCUCGUCUUCAUCAGUGGCCGUGUGCUCGUCUUCCUCAGUGGAGGUGGUCUCGUCUUCAUCAGUGGCCGUGUGCUCGUCUUCCUCAGUGGAGGUGGUCUCGUCUUCAUCAGUGGCCGCGUGCUCGUCUUCCUCAGUGGAGGUGGUCUCGUCUUCAUCAGUGGCCGUGUGCUCGUCUUCCUCAGUGGAGGUGGUCUUCGGGGUUCAGCGCAUGGGGAGCGGCUCAUGGACCUCAGUGUGACCCAGAGGUCGCUGGAGGCGGCCAUGUUGGCCCCCGGCCCGCCCCUCCUCCUCGGGCCCCUGAGCGCUCAGCAUCGCUCCCAGUUCUCCCAGUUCUCCCAGUUCUCCCAGCAGCAGUACAACCUUGAACAGAGGCAAAGAGAGAUGGAGCAGGAGAAAAGAGAGGAGCUGCAUCAGCUGAUACGAAAGAGUAAAAAGGAGCAGAGUGCGGUGGCCAGUCCUCUGGUCCGGCAGAAGCUGCGGGAGCACAUCAUCAUGAAGAGCCACGACAGGGCCCCCCCCCACCACGGCGGCCCCGCACCUGGAUACAGGAUCCCGGUUCCUGACGUGUCUCAGUGUCCGGCCGGCGACCAGCGUAGAGACCUGGCCCUGCGCCGGACAGUCUCUGAGCCCAGUCUGAAGUGGAAGUUGAAGAAGCUCAUCAGCAUGAGGCCGAACCCGCUGCAGCGUAAGACCAGCGCCCCCCCCACCGUGAAGCACCGGACAGACGCUCUGGACUCCUCCCCCAGCAGCAGCAGCACCCCGGCAUCAGGGUGCAGCUCACCCAACGACAGCCUCCACUCGGAUUAUGAGAGGACGCUCGCUCACUUCUCCUCGCCGCCCGUUGCCACGGCGAGGCCGAACAUCACCGCUGGACUUCCUGCUCUGGUCUUCCGUCCUCUGGACGGAGGCGGUGCGGCGCUGCAGCCGGUUCUCAUCCUGGACCCGCGGACCGGCCUGGUCCAUUCCCAGCUCCUCUCCCUUCACGGUCUGAGCUCCAUUCACCUGCAGCAGCCUCACCUGUCCUCCUCCUCCUCCUCCUGCUCCUCCUCCAGGAGGCGGGGCGUGGCCUCCUCGCCCUCCCACAGACCUGUGGAGCGAACGCGCUCCGAGCCGCCGCCCUACAGCCGGCCGCCCCUCGCUAUGCACGGCGGCCGCCACUCACACACCCAGCAGCAGCUGACCCAGCAGUACCACAAGAACGGGCCGGAGAGGUUCACGCAGAACGCUCACCUGUGCAAGAUCCCAUCGGAGGACAUGGACCUGGAGGAGACCGGAUCAGGAUCCGGGUCGGGUCCUGGCUCAGAAGCCGGCUCCGUGUGUGAGGACCGGUACCACCAGAGACGCAGCACCGAGUCCACGUCCUCCUCCCGGGACAGCUUGACCGAGCCCCGUCAGAGGCAGGUGAACCUGAGACCAGGUGUCCAGCUGGACCCCCUGGCCGUGGCAGCCCUGAUGUGGCCUCACCAGCCUCUGGUCCGGACCCGGUCCUCCCCGGCCUCCACGUCCCUGCCUCCUCCUCCUCCUCCUCCUCCUCCUCCUCCACCCACCACACCGUCCCCGUCACUGAGCAGCCACACAGCGGACGUCCAGCUGCGCUUCACCACAGGACUGGUGUAUGACGCUCAGAUGCAGAAGCACCAGUGUACCUGUGGGGACAACAGCCGCCACCCUGAGCAUGCUGGGAGGGUCCAGAGCAUCUGGUCCAGACUGCAGGAGAGAGGUCUGAGGAGCCAGUGUGAGCGUGUGCGCAGCAGGAAGGCCACGCUGGAGGAGCUGCAGUCCGUCCACUCAGAGCAACACGUGCUCCUGUUCGGCACCGACCCGCUGACCCGCCUCAAGCUGGACCACCGCAAGCUGGCAGGGAUCUUAUCUCAACGGAUGUUUGUGAUGUUACCGUGUGGAGGAGUCGGGGUCGACGUGGACACGGUGUGGAACGAGCUGCACACGGCGGCGGCGGCCCGCACGGCGGCCGGCUGCGUCACGGACCUCGCCCUGAAGGUCGCCCAGGGGGAGCUGAAGAACGGCUUCGCGGUGGUGAGGCCUCCCGGACACCACGCCAACCACUCCUCCCCUCUCGGCUUCUGCUUCUUCAACUCGGUGGCCAUCGCCGCCAAGCAGCUGCAGCGGAGACACGCCGGAAAGAUCCUCAUCGUGGACUGGGACGUUCACCACGGCAACGGCACCCAGGAGGCGUUCUACCACGACCCCGGCGUGCUGUACAUCUCGCUGCAUCGCUACGACGACGGGAACUUCUUCCCCGGGAGCGGACACCCCACAGAGGUGGGUGCAGGUGCGGGCGAGGGCUUCAACGUUAACGUGGGAUGGACCGGUGGUUUGAACCCUCCGAUGGGGGAUGCAGAGUACCUGGCUGCGUUCAGGGCCGUGGUGAUGCCCAUCGCCCACCAGUUCUCCCCCGACGUCGUGCUGGUGUCCGCCGGCUUCGACGCGGUGGAAGGACACGCGUCGUCACUGGGAGGCUACGAGGUCACGGCCAAGUGUUUCGGCUUCCUGACCCGGCAGCUCAUGUCUCUGGCCGGGGGCCGGGUGGUCCUGGCUCUGGAGGGGGGCCACGACCUCACGGCCAUCUGCGACGCCUCCGAGGCCUGCGUGAGCGCCCUGCUGGGCAGGGAGGUGGAGCCGCUGUCCAUGGGUGUGUUGGACCGGAGGCCGUGUGCAAACGCCGUGCAGUCGCUGCAGAGGGUGGUCCAGGUCCAAGGUGAGUACUGGCAGAGCGUGAAGGGUUCGUCCUCCUCCGUCGAUCUCUCCUACCUGCAGGCGCAGAGACGGCGGCGGCCGAGACGAGACUCGGACGGCGAGGCCGUCGUCGCCAUCGCGGCGCUGUCCAUGGGGGGCGUGGCGGCAGGCCUGGGGGGCAUGGCCUCUGACAAGAAACAAACAGAGGAAGCAGAUUCUCUCUGAGGACAGCUGCCGUGAACCGAGUGUCUCACACACACACACACACACACACACACACACACACCCCGCCAUACACUGGAAGCAGAUGUUCUCCUCGGUUCAACCUCUGGAGAAGAAGUUGAGAGGAAACACGGCGAGGGUCAGAUUCACGGAGCCUCACACACACACACACCAGACCUGCCGUGACCUUGAAGGCGGGGUCGAAAGGUCGCGGGUUUUCUCAGAGGGCCCUGCAGGUUGUGCAGGUGUCCGUCGCACCGCGAUGAUGUCAUCCGACAAAAGAGCGACGAGACGCGGCCAACAAUCCAACUUCCUGUUGUUGUUAUUUUUAACACUGUGUGUGAAUAUUCAUCCGUUGGACCUCCGGCACUCAUCUUCUUUUAUCUUUACUUUUAUUUCUUGUUGUUUUGGGUGAAGUCUGAGGCGCACAUGUUUCAUGUGUUUCGGGUCUUUUCUUUAAAGCAGUUACAGCCUCAGCUCCCCGUCACUCCUUCACCACGUGCGUCUUAAAAGUGUCCUCUUCCUCCCUCCUCCCUUUCUCCCCUCUUCCACCUCCCUUCUUCUUCUUCUUCCUCCCUUCCUCCCUCCUUCCUUUCUCCCCUCUUCCUCCUCCCUUCCUCCCUCUUCCUCCUCCCUUCCUCCUCCAUUCCUCUUCCUCCUCCCUCCAUCCCUCUUGCUCCCUCUUCCUCCGCUCUCUCUCCUCCUUUCCUCCCUCUUCCUCCCUUCCUCCCCUCUUCCUCCCUUCCUCCCCUCCUUUCCUCCUCCCUUUCUCCCCUUUUCCCCCUCCGUUCCUCCCUCUUCCUCCCUUCCUCCCCUCUUCCUCCUCCGUCCCUCCUCCUUUCCUCCUCCCUUCCUCCCCUCUCUUUGAGAAAGUGCGUCUUAAAAGUGUCGACGUUCUGUAGUUCUUCCUCAGCAGACACACAUCCCCCAUGAUGCAUCAGUGAUUGUGUUUGAGACUCAGAGUCCUCUUCCCUCAGGACGGCUCUUAAAUAUCUGUGAUAGUGUUUAUGGUGUUUCUACCUGUGGAUUCUACAUUCCUGCUCUACUUAUACUAUUUCUUGUAAAGUUGUUUAUUUUUCUAUUUCACAAUAAGAACAAUAUGGUCCUUUUGUCCGUCGUUGGCGUGGCAACCAAAGCGAGACCUUCUCGUCGGGAGGACGGAGAUGCAGUUGUGAUAUAAUACGUUGGAUAUCCAGGCGAUUGGACGCAGGUGGAGAGCAGCCGGCGUUUAUGAGAACAACGUGCGGCGCCGGCCGAGACGACUUCAAAGACCUUCCAGAGUUUGUGAAUGUAAAAAGAAAAGAAGAAGAAGAAAAAAAGCACAAGACGGAUGCGUAAACAAAUUCUUUUUUUUCUUCCUUUUUAAAAAAAAACACAUUAUUUCUACAUUUGGCGUGUCUUUGAAGUCGUUGCAUGUCUAACACAGUUAUGCCGGGGGUGUGGAGCUUUUUUAAAAGUUCCUUUCUUUCUUUCUUUAGCGUUGUUACGCAACUCAAAAACAUGUCGGAUAUUUUUUCCGUGUUUGUUAAAAUGUGAAAAUGCCGGCGGUCCGAGAGCAGCCGGAGCACCCGUGACCCCACCAACCUUUUUGUCUUAAUUCAUGCCAAAUUACUUAUUUUUGUAUUUGAUUUUUUUUUAAAGAGACCAAAUUGUGUGCCUGAAGGCGUCGUGUGUAAAGGUUAAAGGUCGCCUGAACCAACUGGAUCUUAAUUUAAAGUGACUCUCUUGUACAGUGUACAUAACGACUUUGUUUACUUUUAUUGUCUUUUCUACUGUUUUUGUUUCCCAAAAAAUAAUCCUUAAUAAAAGGUAAACUAAAUACAUUUGAAUGAG